AUGGCAUCUAUUGCAAAGACAGUCGUCGCUACAGGUGCUUCAUCUGGAAUUGGCCUGGAAGCUAUCAAGCAGCUCCUCAGCCAAGGUCAACCAUACAAGGUCAUUCUUGGUGCGCGUAACACACAGAGAGCGCAAAAGUCUUAUGAUGAGAUCAACUACGACCACUCAUCUAGCAGCGUUUCUAUUGUUCCUCUCGAACUGAGUGAUCUCAAGGGCGUCAAGUCGUUCGCUGAACAGACCCUUCAGAAGCUUGGCCGUGAGAAGAUUGACUAUUUGCUGCUUAACGCGGGACUCGGCGGUGUCGGUGCUGAUGGACCAGGUCCUAACGGAUCCAAGUGGUGCGAGUCGCAUGUCGUGAACCAUCUCUCGCAGCAUUAUCUUGUACACCUCCUGAAAGAGAAGUUGGUCGAGUCCAAGUCGAGGAUUGUGUUUGUUUCUUCUGGUGCUAUACGCAGAGUCUCAGACCCUAGCGAGCUUGACGAAGAGCUCAUGGCAGGAUCCGGGGCUGAUGCUCCCACGACAUAUAGCAACACCAAGUUUACUGGCCUUCUCGGCGCACAUUGGUGGCGUCGUCAACUAGCAGACUCCAACGAUGUUGUCGCUGUAUCGCCUGGUCUGAUUCCCGGUACGGGUCUUGCAAAGCAGAUGGGAAUACAGGCCAGCAUGCCUGACGCCAAGUCUAUUCCUGAAGGUGCCUCGAGCGUCCUUGCUGCUCUUACACGAAGUGACUUCCCUGAAGAUCGCGACCGCAUCUUCUUGACAAGCUGGGGUGAGUGGUGGGAGAAGAAUGUGAUUGAAUUGUCUACCGAUAAGGCGCUUCAAGAUAAGUGGUGUCCUAGCAAGGAGGAGAUUGAGAGGGAUGCUGGUAUCUCUUCGUAA